CUCAGUUGAAACCUGGAUUAGCAAAUUGUACAGCGAGGGGCACUGACCACAGGGGUGAGCAUGCAAGAACAAAUUAAGUAAAUGGCGUCUUUCAGUAGGAAAAUAUAUCAGCGUUUGCUGUUUUUCACAGUGUUUCUUCCGAUUUCGGGUGUGUUUUGUUUUAGCGAGUUGUUUUUCAUCAAGGAGCCCCGUGAUGUGACUGUAAUGCGGAAGGACCCUGUUAUUUUGGACUGUCAAGCACACGGGGAAGCACCCAUCGCUGUCAGAUGGCUAAAAAACGGAGUAAAAAUCUCAGAGAAUGAACGGGUCUACCUUCUCUCCAAUGGCUCCCUAUAUAUCUCGGAGGUGGAGAACAGGAAAGGAGACAAAUCGGACGAAGGCUGCUACCAAUGUCUUGCUCAGAACAAAUAUGGGGCCAUUUUGAGCCAGAAAGCUUGUCUAACGGUUGCAAGUAUUUCUCCCUUUGUGAUCCAGCCCACAUCUGCGGUGGUGACUGAGGGAUAUGUGGCCAGAUUCACAUGCAGGAUCACUGCCAGUCCUCCUCCCAUUAUUACCUGGGAGUUCAACAGAGUCACGCUACCACUGGUCACUGAAAGAAUCACAGUGCUGCCGAACGGAGUGCUGCAGAUCCACGAGGUGGAGAGGGGAGAUGCGGGGAGCUACCGCUGCGUGGCGACCAACAUCGCCAACCGCCGCCGGAGCACAGAGGCCAUGCUUACCGUCAAACCAGCUCCCGGACCCCGCCCCCCACAGAGGCCUGUCAUCAUCGCUGGGCCUCAGAACAUCAGUGCAUCCCUGCAUCAGAGCGCCAUCCUGGAGUGCGUCGCCACCGGCAACCCCAAGCCCCUGAUCUCCUGGAGCCGAGCGGACCAGAAGUCCAUCGAUGUCUUCAACACCAGGGUGCUGGGGAACGGGAACCUGGUCAUCUCGGACGUGAAGCUGCAGCACGCGGGGGUGUAUGUGUGUAGGGCUACCACGCCCGGCACGCGCAACUUCACCAUCGCCACGGCAAACCUCACAGUCCUCGCCCCUCCCUCCCUGGUGGAGUGGCCUGAGAGCCUUACUCGUCCUCGUGCAGGCACGGCGCGUUUCGUCUGUCAGGCCGAGGGCGUACCCCUUCCCCACAUUACCUGGCUGAAAAACGGGGAGGAGGUGCACUCCAAUGGCCGGAUCAAGAUGUACAGCAGCAAACUGGUGAUCAACCAGAUCAUCCCAGAGGACGACGCCAUCUACCAGUGCCUGGCGGAGAACGAGCAGGGCUCGGUGCUGUCCACGGCGCGGCUGAUCGUGGUGAUGUCAGAGGACCGGCCCAGCGCGCCCAGGAACAUCCGUGCGGAGACCGUGUCCAGCUGCGCCAUCCUGCUGGCCUGGGAAAGACCGCUGUACAACUCAGACAAAGUCAUCGCUUACUCUGUCCACUACAUGAAGGCUGAAGGUUUGAACAAUGAAGAAUAUCAGGUUGUUAUUGGCAACGACACCACGCGAUACAUUAUCGAUGACCUGGAGCCAGCGCAUAACUACACGUUUUACAUCGUGGCCUACAUGCCCAUGGGUGCCAGUCGCAUGUCAGACCAUGUGAUUCAGCACACGCUGGAGGAUGUGCCUGUGCGUGCUCCGGAGCUCAGCCUGACCAGCCGCAGCCCCACCGACAUCCUGGUGUCCUGGCAGCCCCUGGCGGCCAAGCUGAGCCGCGGCCGGGUCUCGGCCUACCGGCUGUCCUACCGCACCGCCGCCGACAGCGCCGUCAUCUCUCUGGAGCUGCUGGGGGACCAGGCCCAGCACCUCCUGGAGGACCUGCAGCCCGACACCAUCUACCUCCUGCGCAUCGCCGUGGCCACCCGCGUGGGCUGGGGCGAGCAGUCGGCCUGGACCUCGCACCGCACACCUAAGUCCUCUAGCACCAAAGUGCCCUUGGCCCCGGAGUUGCAGUUGGAGCCUCUGAACUGCACAACCAUCAUAGUGCGCUGGCAGCCCGCGCCAGGCAGUGCUGCCAGCGUCCAGGGCUACCGUCUCUUCUACCACGAGGAGAGCCAACCCGAGGGAGCCCCCAUCCAGCUGCGCGCCCAAGAUUACCAGCACACCAUCGGAGGCCUGGACCCAAGAAAGAAGUAUCAUGUGAAGCUAUUAGCAUUCAGUUUCAUGGGAGAAGGCUACCAGGCAGACCAGACUGUCAGUACACCAGGAUGUGUCUCGGUCCGUGAUCGGAUGGUGCCCCCUCCUCCACCCCCCCACCACCUGUACGCCAAAUCCAACAGCUCAUCUGCGGUGCACCUCCACUGGGGCCGCCCCGCCUUCACUUCGGGCCAGACCGUCAACUACACCAUCCGCUGCAACCCCGUGGGCCUGCAGAACGCCUCCCUGGUGCUCUACCUGCAAACUGCCGAGCAGGACUUUCUAGUCCAGGACCUGGAGCCCAACACCAGGUACGAGUUUGCGGUGCGUCUCCAUGUCGACCAGCUGUCCAGCCCGUGGAGUCCCGUGGUUUACCAGAGCACUCUUCCUGAGGCGCCCACCCGGCCGCCGUCGGGGGUGAAGGUGACCAUGAUCGAGGACGACACGGCGCUGGUGUCCUGGAAGCAGCCGGAGGAGCCCAACGUGGCGGUAACACGCUACACCGUCCUGUACGCCUCGCGCAAGGCCUGGAUCGCUGGGGAGUGGCAGGUGCUGCAGAGGGAAGGGAGCAUCACCAUGGCCCUUCUGGAGAACUUGCAGCCUGGCAGCAUCUACCUGGUGAAGAUCUCGGCAUCCAACGAGGCCGGGGACGGGCCCUUCUCCAACGCCGUGGAGCUGGCGGUGCUGCCGGACGGCUCCGCGGCAGGGCAGAACCCGCGCCGAUCCAGGGGCUCCACAGAAGCCAAAGCAUUUUCUGAUGCCUUCUACCACCUGGACGAGACGUCGAUGACGGGCAUCAUUGUGGGAGUGAGCAUCGCUUUGGCCUGCAUCGUCAUCUGCGUCCUGAUCCUCGUUUACAGAGGCAAAGCCAGGAAAUCCUCAGCCACUAAGAUGAGAGAAGACAGUGGGGAUGCGCCCCAUGCUGCUGCACCUCAAGCCAAUGGGAACCAGGCAGAGAAUGUGGAGGCUGCGAUGCCAAUGAUGACAGAAUGCCAUUUUGUCGAUACGAAGGGUGGAACAGACUUGAUAAUAAAUAGCUUGGGCCCAGUCAGCUCCACCAGCCAGAGGAAGAAGAAAUGGCUGUUCUUCAGUAAGAAAGAGACGCUGAACCUUGGGAAAGGCCAGAGGAGGGGUCCCGGUGCCUGCCCCUAUGAGCCGGGGAGGACGGUGCUGCGGUACGAGGAGGACUCCCCGUCGUCUCCAGGCCAGCCGGCCUCCCUGCAGGUGCUCUUUGGCAGCACCGGCGACGGCGAGGGCUCCAGCGAGGGCAGCCACGAGACGGGCGACUCCGGCCGCUACUCGCACGACGAGACCGAGAUGACGAACCUGUCCUCUGGCCGAAACACGCGGCCCCCCUCCCUCCGGGCGGAGGACAGCGGGGGCUCGGAAGAGUGGCCCGCCCGUGGCGGUGACGAGCCGCACCUGGCCGUGGAGAUCGGAGACGUCGCGGAGACGCUCUGCUGUCACCGGCAACCGGCCUCAGACCCUUCUCAGGCAGAGCUUCCCCUCUAACAGUGUGAGUGCCCAGGUACUCCCCUUCCCCAGUCCCCUACUUGACCUGUUCCAAUGGACAAUGAACGGGAAGCCAAAAAAGGGUUUCUGGAAGAACGGGGCUCUGCCUUUGGGAUCUCUUCUCAUUGUGAAUGUGUUCUAUUUUCUUUCUUUCGUUCUUUCUUUCUUUGCAUUUGUCUGUCUCUUUGGAAGAAAAAAAAUCUCACCCACCAUGAAUGUUUCAAAAAGAUUGUCAAAAAUGUGAACUUGGAUGUUUCCAUUUCUGACAUUAUUUAAGAGAGUAUAUCACUGGAGCAAGGGGGGUACUCCUCUUUGCUGAUUAUCUACCUCGGUUUACCUCAUAGGAAACUCCAGCUAUAUAUUUAAUAACCUGAGGGAUGUGAUGGGACUCUUCAAUUGAUAUAACAGUUGAUACUUCCUGAUAGCAAUAACUUGUGUUUGCUAAAUAAGAUUUGUGUUGUGUCUGUCUUUGUCUUUUGUUUUGAAGAAAGUGAUUGUAAGGGCACUGCACUACUUUUUUAUUUAAUUUUCAGUGGGUCAUUUUUCUUGAUGUUCUUUAGGUUGGUUCAAGGACAUUAAGGUGAUGGUGUUUUGGUUGAGACCCAUGAAGGGGUUCAUUUUCACGCAGACUAUUUGAGAGCAGGUUUGCCAUUUUUUAAUACUGUUACUUGGGAAUGGGACCAGAGUCAGUGACAAAAUGUGAAUUUUUGGAACUACCUCAAAAAAAUGGUUACAGAUACAGGCACACACAUUUCAUUAUGUAGGUAAGGUCAUUCCAUCCACUUGUGAGCUCAGACAUAUACAAAGAUGUUAGAUGUGGUGAUAGGUGCAGAUGUUGGUGCUCUCCACCAAUAACCUCCAUGUCAUCAUGACAAAAAGACCAUUUGUAUCUUGGAAGUCUUUGGUGAACUCAUAUGAUGUUCACCCCAUGCACACCACGAUAGUUGAGGGAAAAUGAAUAUCAGAAAAUCUGUUUUAUGACCAACUGGAACAAUCCAGAUGUAGAACAGUAUGCGGUAAUUAUUGUUCCUCAACAGUGAGUGAUCUUUCCUAGUACAGCUCCACAAAAUGCACUGACUAACUGACUGCUUGUUUAUCCCACAGAAAGGGUAAUACAUACCACAUACUUUUUAAGGGGAGAGUAACUAAUUUUUUUCAUAAUAUGAAUGUUACAUGCUCAGUGCUCUGUUGUCUGUUUCCAUUGAGAUAUUAAAUUCGUGAAUUCCUUAAGUUAAAGGGUAAAAUAAUGAAAUGCCCAUGCAAGGAUUUUUUUCAGUCAUCAGAAUAUUUAUUUAUGUGUCAUUGCCCUUACAGUCUCUGUUUUAUACUACCUCCUCUUAAUUUGUCAUUAUGUAGUGUUAUUAUUUUCCUAAACUCAGGGAGCAAGGUUUAGUACAUUUUAAAAGCCAUGUAUUUUGUAUUGUUACAUGGUCAACUGACAGGGUAUCCUCUUAGAGCAGAACUGUUUAUUUUAGGAGGUAGUUGUAGAUCUUUAUGAAUGUUUUUUUCUAUAAUUUCUUGCCAGUAAAGGCAAGACAGUCCCGUGUUGCCAAUGUGACUUGAAUUAAGAGAGUUCAAGCCCUUCUCACAUGUAGAAAUUCUUCUUCAGUUGUAAAUUGUUGUUCAGUUGUGUCCGUUUAAUAGCAGGUUUUCAUUUGUGUGUUAUUUUACUUCCAUUUUUGUUUGAUACAGUGAGAACUAACCAAAAAUGUUUGUACUGACAUGUUCUGUACAGCAAACCUUAAAAGCUUUAAAAAUUGGCCUUAAUGUGUAGGCGGUCCCUCAGAUAUCAUGGGAUAGAAUGUAAAUGUCCCAUACCAAAGUGUAAUUGUUCUGAGUCGGACCCUUAACACAUGGGGAUGCGAGAAGAGUGUAGAAUGACUGUCGAAAACCAAAAAAUAGUGCAACCAAUGAAAUGGAAGUGGAGAAUGGAAUAUACACCAAAAAAACCUUUUACCUCCAAAGAUAUAUAUUUUUGUCAGCUGACAUGUACUUAUGCUGCUGAGUACACAUGCUUGUCAUAUUUGUUUCUCAGAAUAGUUGAUGCUUUUAUUCUAGAGUAUAAAAAUUUUAGCACUUGUCCUGCAGAUUAGUGUCACCUCUUGGUUUAUGGAUCCCAGCUAACAUGCGACGGUGACCGAUGCUACUAUCCAAAGAAUUGUUUGCUUCCUCAUUUGGUUUUGGUAUUAUAUUUUGGGCGGUCCUGGGAAUAAUAUGAUGAGGGUGUUCCUCAUGCCAGACCAAAGAUCAAAUGCAGGUUCCUGUGGAUCAGCAAAGAUGUUGCUUUUAUAAGAGAUGCCUUACACAUGUGUGCCCCUGUCGUGACCAAAUGAGUCAAAAUGUGCAUGAUAUCUCAGAAAGUGCUGCUUGCAUAUUUGAGUGAUUAAUAACUGACAUGAAUAGAGAAAUAAUAAGGUUCAUGCUCAUUAACCAAAUAGUCCAGCAAUUAGUUUCCUUUAAAGAACCAUUGUGCGACCAGAUGAGUUUACAAUUGUAGGAAAAAAUUAUAUGCAGAUUUAUAUAUAUUUAUAUUAUCUCUCAUCCUGUGUUUUAACACUGUCUUCAAAGGAUUCUAAUUGCCAAAUUGAUAACCCAGAAGAGCGACACAAUCACUUUUACUUUCUUUUGAAAAGCAAACAAUGUAAACCAAAGAUUUUUUACCUCACCGUUGCAUAUUAGCUGGAGAUCAAAGUAGUUCCACAUCUUUGUGUGAUGUCUUCUCAUUUUUACAAUGUUUGAAUACAUUUUCCCCAUUUGUAUAAAUUCUUACUAAAAUAUGGUUGUCUCUGAGGACCACAAACCACGAUGAAUGUGGUACAUGGUUAGUGCUUUAAAAUGUUUUUCAAAAAUGUUCAAGCAAAAAAAUACUACUUUUCUCACUGGUGGAGAAAUACAUUUUGCAUUUUUAUUCAUUUCAAGGGGUAAAAUAUACAACCCAAGUGUUGAAAAAAAGUACUGACUGAAUUUUGGUUUUUCAUAGAGAUGCCUAAAUUGUGUUAAUGUUUCAUACAAAUGUAAAUAUAUCCUUUAAGGUGUUGUAGAUGAGCAAUCUGGAAAGCUGUAUUAAAAUGUCCAGUUCAUAUUGUACAUGAUUUUUUUAUUUUAUUUUUUGCUUUUAAUGUGCAGGAGUAAUGCUUUGAAUGACUAGUACCACUUAUUGAACUUCCACUCUAUGGCAACUGUAUUGGGUUUAACGAACAUCUUCAUUCAAUUACUAUGUUCUAAAUAGCAUACUGGCUUACAUUUAUUACUGCGAAGAAAGUUCAUCUCCAUUAAAAUGCAGUUUCCCUUAUAUGAACUUUCCAAAGUUAUGAAAUAUAAUUGGCUAUCUCUUCAAAGGAUGGAACAUAUGGUGUAUGAUGUUCAAAACAAACAUACGGUGGCUUAUUUCUACAUGCAGAUAUAAUAUGUGUUGAAAUAAGCAACACAUAGCAACACUCACGUCUUCAUGACAUAAUUUAACAUCCUUAUUCUGUCCUUUCAUAGAGAAAUGUUCGACCCAGACUUUUGGAAUACUGACGCCAGGUGUCCAGUGUUACAUAGGAGUGUUAUGAAUAGAGUGAUGCAACUCUUGCAGUGUUUCUGAAUCUGUUUCUUUUUUGUAAGAUUUUAAUUUUGUUCUUUUAUGAACGUGUGAUGAAACAAAAGGGAAUGUUGAGGGCUCCUUGUUUAAAGUGAUACUCAGGUGCUCUGAAUCCCAUAGCCACACUUUCUUUAAAGGGUGUGCUGGUUCUUACAGCAGUAGUGGGGGCUGUGGAUUUAUACAAAAUGUUACUCAGGGGGAUCCACUUCUCCUCAUCUGUUAUUGGUGUCAAGGCCAGUACCAGCUUUGAAAGUUGAAUGUACUUCCUUUGUAAUUAUUAUUUUGCUUGUCAAUGUUUUGUUAUCUAUUUUUUCUGCUGGUUGUUUUUCUUUUUUGUAAGAAAACUCAUGUACCUUCAGCUUUUUUUCUGCCAGGUGUGCUCAGACAAGUUCUUGUCUUUGCUACAACAAUGUUCAUGCCAAAAAUGAUAUGCUAGUCUAAUUAAAACCAAAAAUUAUUUUAAACUCGAAAAA